GCCCUGAGGCAGCAAAUGUCCAACGGCAGCUCCAUCACCGAGUUCCUCCUCCUGGUGUUCGCUGACACACGGGAGCUGCAGCUCUUGCACUUCUGGCUCUUCCUGGGCAUCUACCUGGCUGCCCUCCUGGGCAACGGCCUCAUCAUCACCGCCAUAGCCUGCGACCACCGCCUCCACACCCCCAUGUACUUCUUCCUCCUCAACCUCUCCCUCUUUGACAUGGGCUCCAUCUCCACCACUCUCCCCAAAGCCAUGGCCAAUUCCCUCUGGGACACCGGGGCCAUUUCCUAUGCAGGAUGUGCUGCCCAGGUCUUUUUCUUUCUCUUCUUGAUUGGAGGGGAAUAUUGUCUUCUCACCAUCAUGGCCUACGACCGCUACGUUGCCAUCUGCAAACCCCUGCACUACGGGACCCUCCUGGGCAGCAGAGCUUGUGCCAACAUGGCAGCGGCUGCCUGGGGCAGUGGCUUCCUCUAUGCCAUGCUGCACACUGCCAAUACAUUUUCACUGCCACUCUGCCAAGGCAAUGCUGUGGACCAGUUCUUCUGUGAAAUCCCCUACCUUCUCAAGCUCUCCUGCUCCAACUGCUAUCUCAGGGAAGUUGGGCUUCUUGUGGUUAGUGUCUCUCUUGCUUUUGGCUGUUUUGUUUUCAUUGUGCUGUCCUAUGUGCAGAUCUUCAGGGCUGUGUUGAGGUUCCCCUCUGAGCAGGGACGGCACAAAGCCUUUUCCACAUGUCUCCCUCACCUGGCUGUGGUCUCUCUAUUUCUCAGCACUAGCAUCUUCACCUACCUGAAGCCCCCCUCCACCUCCUUGCCAGUUCUGAAUCUGGUGGUGGCAGUUCUGUACUCGGUGGUGCCCCCGACGUUGAACCCCCUCAUCUACAGCAUGAGGAACCAGGAGCUCAAAGACACGCUGAAGAAGCUGAUUCAAUCACUUGUCUUUCAGCAGCAAUAA